AUGGCAGAAUCCUACUGCAAUAGGGCCCGCACCAUUCGAGCGGAGCUGCUGACCAUUGGACAAGAGGUCCACAUGGCCACGUUUGCCGCCCACGUGCUGAAGGGCCUACCACCGGAGUAUGGAUUUCUUCGCCGCAAGCUCGAAAUUUCCAGCCCUGACAUGACGAUGGAACGCGUGUGCAGCGAGGUGUUGAUGGAGGAGCAGACUCUCUCCAUCGAACAGAGUUACAAGCAGAUCAAAAGAGAUGCAUCUGCUUUCUCGGGCGCUGUCAACACCACCGUGGCUACAACGGGGAUCAACGGGAAGGAAGGAAAAGGGGGAAGGGAGCAGACGGACAAGAAGAAGGAUGGCAAGCGGGAGAAGAAGCGAGCCCUCUUCAAGGGGCGCUGCUACAACGGCAAUGAGGAGGGGCACAUGGCUGCCAAGUGCUCCGAUAAGAAGAAAGAUACAAUGUCCGCGGCAGCCGCGAACGUAGCCGAAGGAGACGGGAAGGGCGUGGCGCUCACCGGCCAGCAAGGAACGGUGCAACGGGUGCAGCGGCAUGCAAUGGCACGGCGGCUGCAAUGGCAUGCAUCGAUAUGGCGGGUGGAGCGGCGAGCAACGGCACAGGGGUUGCAUCGGCAUGCAACGGCAAGCAACGGCACGGCGAAGGAGAUUGCUGAUGUGGCAUCAAGCAAGCCGGAAGCUAAAGAUGGAGCGGCCAGCCUCAAGAUGUACGCGGUGGGCUCCAAGGCAACGCCCAACCUGUGGCACGCUCGCCUUGGACACGUCCACUUCGAUGCGGUGAAGCGGACAGCCACGAGCGGUGGCGUGUUCGGUAUGGACCUGGAGAAAGGAGGUGAGGAUAUGCCGUGCACUUCCUGCCAUGAAGCCAAACUCACUCGUGAAUCAUUUCCGCUGCACGACGAACGAGUGGAGCAGGUACUUGGGCUGAAUCCGCCGCCACCACGUACCGUCAUCGUGGUCCCAGUACCGUCUGUGCAAGGGGGCGAGAAACCCCUUGAACGCUCGGUGGGCCCUUUGGGCAGCAAGGCACCUACUGCAACUCCUCCUCUUGGUCCACCCUCCAUUGCUGAUUCGGCGCCCGUAGGACCAGAGGAUGGUCCUCUGGAGGUUGACACCAGCAUGGCUGAUUACGAGGAGGAAGAAGAAGUAGCAGUGGAUGAGCAGUCACCAAUGGCCCAUGAGCAUGAGCCUUCACCUGCAGUUCCCCCCUUCCAACCCAUUCCACCACCCCCAUGUCGCUCCAGCAGGCCUAACAAGGGGGUGCCACCCGUACAGUUUCAACCAUUAGCCAUGACGGCCCUGGAUGCGGAUGAUGAGGACAACCCGUACGACGUGGCAUACCUUGCUGAGGACGAGUGCGACACGGACAGCGAUGACGAAGUGGAGUACCCGGACGAGGAUGAGGAGGAGGAAGGCGCUUGGGGAGCGGCAAGUGAAGACCAACAGCUUCUACAGGACCUGAAGGGGCUGCUGGCCAAGGCGUUUCAGCUCCGUGAGGUGGAGCCAGUGGAGCGCUACCUGGGGCUGCAGAUUGAGCAAGAUCGCCCCAACAGGACACUCUUACUCCACCAGAAUGCGUACGUGGCAAAGGUGCAGCAGCGGUUCUUCAAGGGAGCGCCACCAAAGAAGCAGCCGAUCACUCCUCUCUCCUCUGCCAGCUUUGCCAAGCAGGAUGCCAGGCAGUUUGCCAACCGUACCAUGACCGAGACAGUUUCUGCUAAGGCGCUGGUUAUGGUGCACACGAGUUCCGAACUGGAGACCUUUUGA